AUGCCCGCAGCGUGCGUUAUCUCCUGGAACCGAAAGCCAGCGAACAGAAGCAACCCCCGAGCGGCGAACUGCCCCCCCAGGUUCGAGACACCGGACCACGCCGUGCCCCGAGGGCGCGUCCCACGCGAGGCUCGGCGGCUCUGCCCACGGCAGCGCACCCGCACCUUCGGGGCUCGAGCCCUCCUCCCCACGCCACGACCUGCUCUGUCCGGUGCUGCUGCGGGAGUGCUGGUUCCGCCCCGGUACCCACCCGGCCCAGCAGACAACAACAGUGAGCCGUCGGACAGCCUCGUGCUCUCCGUAGUGGAUGCUGCGUGCAGGUACGCCAUAAAGGUUGCCUUUCAUAUCCAGCCAUACAAAGGGUGCAAUGACCACACCAUGCAUGAGAAUAUCAGAUACAUCAUGGACAAAUACAGAUCACACGCAGCUUUUUGUAAGUCCAAGACCAGCACCGGCAAUAGUCUCCCACUGUUUUAUAACUAUGAUUCCUACUUGACAUCAGCUGAAUCCUGAGCCAACGUUCUCACGCCAUCAGGCUCCCAUUUUCUCUGCAACACCUCUUACGACGCUGUGUUUGUAGCGCUGCUUGUGGAGGAGGGACACAAGCAUGAAAUCCUCUCCGCAGGGUAUGAAGGCAUGUACACAUACUUUGUGUCCAACGGUUUCUCUUUUGGCUCAUCCCACCAGAACUGGAACGCAAUCAAAACUUUCUGCAACUCCAGCAAGCUGAUGUUCAUCCCCAGCAUUGGCGCAGGCUACAUCAACAGCAGCAUUUGCCCCUGGAACAACCACAACACUCGGAAAGUCAAUGGGAAGUACUAUGAAACAGCUCUGCAGGCUGCUGUCAUGGUCAGGCUAGAGAUCGUCUCCAUCACAUCCUUCAACACAUGGCACGACGGCACCCAGAUCAAGAAAGCUGUACCCAAGAAGACUGACACGCCUUUAGACUACCUUCCUCAUCAGCCGAGCACAUACCUGGAGCUGACUCGCAGGUGGGCAGAACAUUGCAGCAAAGAGAAGAUGUCCCGCUGA